AUAAAGGACAAAAAUUACGGAUAAUUAAAACAUUUUUCGAAACCUUGUUUUUUUGGUGGUGGUCAUGGGGUCAGGGCACUUUGGGCGCAGCUGUCCAGUUCUGUGGCCGUUAUUAUGCUUUUGUUGGGGCCCUAAAACAAGUUUUUUGACUUUUUCUGCUCGCUCAGGAUGAUGGUGAUGAUGGACGAUAAAUUAGAGAGAUCAAAGAGGCUGUUGGCACCGUGUCAUUAUUCCGACUCCAGCUCUCCACAGCCCCCGGCACUCUGCAUAACUUUCCGGGCUGGGCAGAGCCGGGGAGGCGCUGCAAGUGGGCCUCACUGGAUGUGCAUGGCGACCGACAAAGUGACACCUUUGGGAUCCAUCGAGAACCCGAUCAAGUUCAGAGAUCAAGACUUCAAGACUCUCCUGGAGGAGUGCCUGAAGUCCGGUGUGCUGUUCUCUGAUCCAGCCUUUCCGGCUGAGCAGAAGUCCAUCGGUAUGCCCGAACUAGACCCGGAUCCCAAAAAGGAGAUUAAAUGGCAGCGACCCAAGGAAAUCACUGAGAACGCUGUGUUUGUGGAGGGCACUACUGGGACCACGGAUAUCUGUCAGGGCCAACUGGGUAACUGUUGGCUGCUGGCGGCCCUGUCCUGUCUGACCGUGCACCCUACACUUUUUGUGAAGGUGGUGCCAUCCGACCAAAGCUUGUCUGAGCCUUAUGCAGGGAUCUUCCAUUUUACGUUCUGGCAGUAUGGUGAGUGGGUGGAGGUGGUUGUGGAUGACAGGCUGCCAGUACGCGAAGGCCGUCUGCUCUUCAGCUACUCUCACACCCGCAAUGAGUUUUGGAGCGCCCUGGUGGAGAAGGCCUAUGCCAAGUUAAUCGGAUCCUAUGGAAGCCUGAAGGGGGGCAACAUUUCAGAGGGGAUGGAGGAUUUCACAGGAGGCAUUGCACGCUCAGUUCAAGUCUCAUCUCUGACCCCUCGAGUCCUUUGGAGGUCUUUGACAGGGGCUCUGUCCAGAGGCAGCCUGCUCAGCUGCUUCAUCCAGGCCAGCAGCUACCGUGACAUAGGUAAAGUGACAGCAGACGGGCUGAUAAAAGGCCACGCUUACGCCAUCACUGACACUGACAAGGUGACAAAAGCAUCAGGUGAGAUUUUGUUGCUGAGGCUGAGGAACCCCUGGGGUUUUGUCGAGUAUAAGGGACCCUGGAGCGACAAGGGUAAAGAGUGGGACGAUGUGGACCAAGCAGAGAAAGAGCGGAUUGAGCUGAAAACGACCGAAGAUGGAGAGUUCUGGAUCAGUGCUGAGGACUUCAGCAGCCUGUUUAACAUCGUGGAGUUCUGCAGUGUGAAUCCUGAGACCCUUGAUGAGGAAAACACACCUCCUUUACCCCCAUCUACCUGGACCAUCAGUGAACAUGAAGGAUCGUGGAUACCAGGGAGCUCAGCCGGUGGUAGCCGCAGAUACAACCAAACAUUUUGGAAGAAUCCUCAGUUCCAGUUGAUUCUUAAAGAGCAGGACCAGACUGAGGAGGAAGACGAGGAUGACGAGGGUGAGGAUGAUGAAGAGGAUGAGCUUGAGGUGGAGAUGACCCCAGAGGAGAAGAAGAGAAUCGAGAAACAGAAGCAGAAAGCCAAACAGUGCACUGUGCUGGUGGAGCUGCUGCAGAAAAACCGCAGGCAGAAGGAUAAAGUCAACUUUCUCUACAUAGCUUUCCACAUCUACAGGGUUCCUCCUGAGUUCAAAGGUGUGUGUUUGGACCGCAACUUUUUCAAGAAAAAUCGCCCUGUGGGUCGUUCUGGGAAAUAUAAGGCCCAGAGGGGUGUGUGGAGGAAGCUGCGUCUGGACCCCGGUAACUACAUCAUCAUGGCUUCCACCUAUCGACCCAACCAGCCUGGAGAGUUCUUUGUCCGUAUUUUCUCCAAGACUGGAAACACUCUGGGGACUCAGGACUUUACAUGCUCCUCUGCCUUCCUGCCGGUUAUGGCAACUCCUGUCGCCCCAGAGGAUCAAAUGAGGGUUCAGAAGACUUUUGAUGAGGCUGCUGGCACUGAUGACAGGCUGAACGCCAAGGAGCUCAUGAGACUGUUCAACUCAGUUCUUGACAAAGAUUACCAUCUGCCCCUGGAGACGUGCAGAGAGCUCAUCUUUGGGGAGGACCAGACUCAAGUGCGCUCCCGUCUCAGCCGUAAACAAGCCGAAACCCUGCUGUCCAGUCUGCGCAGUCUGCAGUCCAUCUUUUUCGAGUUUGAUAAGGACUCUUCUGGUACAAUGAGCCCCUUUGAGCUCAACGCAGCGCUGGAAGCUGUUGGAAUGCAGUGCGAUGGAAAGGUACUUCACCUGCUGUCUGAGCGGUUUGCAUCUGGAGAGCUGCACAUGCCCUUCCACAGCUUUGUGUCAUGUUUCACCAGGCUGCGCAAGCUUUUUGCUCUGUAUGAAUCAGAGACCAGUCAGGAGGUGAAAGACAGAGGGAUCAAUGCUUGGCUGCUUCAGUUUCUGACCCUGUGAAGACGCCUCAUGAAGAGGAUCUCCACACAGACCGAGCUGAACCACCACAUGGUGUUGAUUCUAAAACAUAAACAAAAUACAUACUAUGCCAUUGUUCUAUUCUUGCUUAAUCUUGCAUUAUUCUUGUACCUCUGGCUAUGAAACUUGAUAUAAUAUGCAGGAGUCCUGGAUGGAUUAUUGAACGGGCCCACCGGGCACAGACCCAUGGGUCCAAGUGUUGGACCAGAGCCUCAGUUUGAAGUGACUGCUAACAAUUCUUGCUCUAACAUGAAUCUAACAACUAGAAAGAGACAUGAAAGAGGAAACAACUACAUAUAAACACAAAUGACAAAAACUGACCUGAAAGAGGAAGCGAAAACAAAGAAAAAACGAAUACAGACACAGAAACUUAUUGUUUGUUGCUGUUUAGUGUCUCUUUCAAUCUGUGGCUCUUGCUCUUACGCAGAAAGCGGCCUUUUACAUGUCUCUGCCCAGGGACCUACUGUCUCGUAAUCCAUCUAUGUGCAGAGCAUGCAGCACCAUCAUUUAACUGUUCUCUAAUACUGUUAUAUUACUCUGUCGAGUAACGUAGUCGUAUUAGAUAUUUAAAGAUGUGCCUUUAAAUGUGUCUUUAUACCUUUUGUCUUGUCAGUGCUUUGCUCUAUUAAAAAGAAAAUUGUUUUGAA